CAGAGACCCGGCGGAGGAGGAUGCUAACACCGGCUCGGUGGGGCUGUCUCCGGGGGUUUAUUUAGCAGGCAGUGGGGGUGCCGGUGUAAAAUGCAGCGGGGCGGACGGGCUGUGCGGGUCGGCCUUGCUGAGCUCGGCUGCUGCGCCUCAUGCUCGCCUCUCACGCAUCUCUCCUAGGACUUGUGAUUAGCGCGUUUUUGUUUCCAGGUCAGAAUCUCCGUUUCCUGUGCGGCGUGUUUGUACUAAAAUGGCCGGAGAUGGCGGCGCUCUGAAGGAUAUCAAUGAGAUUAAGUCCCAGUUCCGGACCAGAGAGGGCUUCUACAAGCUGCUCACCCUCUCAGACUCGCUGCAGCGGGGCGGGCUGCCGCGGGGGCCGUCCGCCGGAGCCACGCUGGGCCCCGGGGCCGGACCGGGUCCGAUACCCGGCGGAGGGGUCGGGCUGCUGCAGGGGCCCGGGGCUGCAGCCGCCGCCGCUGCCGCUGCCGCCUCUUCCUCCUCCAAUGCCGCAGCCAACUCCUCCCCGGCUGGCUUCCUGCCGCCGGUCCGGGUCUCCAUGGUGAAGCUGCAGCCCGAAGACCCGAGCGAGGAGUCGGAGCGGGUGUGCUUCAACAUCGGCAGGGAGCUGUAUUUCUACACGUACACCAACAUCAAGAAGGCUGUGGACCUCAGUAAGCCCAUAGACAAGAGGAUCUACAAGGGGACGCAGCCCACGUGUCACGACUUCAACCAGUACUCGGCCACAGCAGAGAGCGUAGCUCUCAUCGUGGGUUUCUCAGCCGGGCAGGUCCAGUAUCUCGACCCCAUCAAGAAGGAAACCAGUAAACUCUUUAACGAGGAGAGGUUGAUAGACAAAUCCAAGGUAACGUGUCUAAAAUGGCUUCCCAAGUCGGAGAACCUGUUCCUGGCCUCCCACGCCAGCGGUCACCUCUACCUCUACAACGUGGACCACCCAUGCGGCACCACGGCGCCACAGUACUCUCUGUUGCGGCAGGGCGAAGGCUUCGCCGUUUAUGCCUGCAAAACCAAGACGCCGCGCAACCCUCUGCUGCGGUGGGCCGUCGGGGAGGGAGGCCUCAACGAGUUUGCGUUCUCCCCAGAUGGCGUGCACGUGGCGUGCGUGGGCCAGGACGGAUGCCUGCGUGUCUUCCACUUUGAUUCGAUGGAGCUUCAGGGCGUGAUGAAGAGCUACUUUGGUGGGCUGCUCUGCGUGUCAUGGAGCCCAGACGGGAAAUAUCUCGCCACGGGAGGGGAGGAUGAUCUGGUUACUGUGUGGUCAUUUGCAGAAAGCCGAGUGGUAGCGAGGGGGCACGGCCACAAGUCUUGGGUCAACGUGGUAGCAUUCGAUCCCUUCACGACUUCCCUGGAAGAUGAGGAGCCUAUGGAGCUCAGUGGCAGCGAGGAGGACCUCCACCAGGGGGCGCAAAAUAACUCCAUGCACUUUGGGCGGGUUCGAACGAGCAGCACGUUAUCCCGCCUUUCUCGGCACAGCUCGAAAGGCGGCGGCUCGCCAUCGGUCACUUACCGAUUUGGCUCGGUGGGGCAGGACACCCAGUUCUGUUUGUGGGACCUGACGGAUGACGUGCUGUACCCGCGCCUGCCGCUGUCCCGCGCCUUUACUAACACUUUUGGGCCUUCGCUGUCCAACUCUGGCAGCGGGGGGGUCAACAGCACCUCAGGUGGGGGAGGAAGUGGAGGUGUGGAGGGACAUCAUCACCCCCCGAACACUAACACCGGCGCCUCCAACCCACCCACGCUCCCUUUACCGCUUCCUCGCUCCCUUUCGCGCUCCAACUCUUUGCCCCACCCCGCUGUGGCGAACGCCUCGAAAGGCCAGGGCGCCUCAGAGGGCAGUGGGGGAGGAGGAGGAGGGGGAGGGAGCACCGGUGGAGGAAACAGCACCCCCUUCAGCAUCGGCCGCUUCGCCACCCUUUCCCUACAGGAGCGCAAGUCGGAUAAGUCCGGCAGCAGCGGGGGCGUGGAGAAGGAGCACAAGCGGUACCACAGCCUGGGCAACAUCAGCAAAAGCAACGACAAGAUCAAUGUGGCGCCGAGGAGCAACCGCCUGGACGCCGCCAAGGUGCUGGGCACCACGCUGUGCCCACGCAUGCACGAAGUGCCGCUGCUGGAGCCGCUGGUCUGUAAGAAGAUUGCACACGAGAGGCUGACGGUCCUGGUGUUCAUGGAUGACUGCAUCAUCACGGCCUGCCAAGAGGGCCUCAUCUGUACCUGGGCACGGCCGGGGAAGGCGAACCUGACAGCACAGAACGGGAACUCUCCGAGCGGCACGGUGGUAUAGCUGGAGGAGAAGCUUUGCACUCAUCCCUCCAUCCUCUCCCUCGUCGUCCUAAUAUGUCAGAAUUUGGGGCCAACUACCAGAGACUAUACCUGACCUACCACUGCAGUAUUAACCCUCAGUAUAACUCUCUGUACACGCCUUCACUCAGAGGUGGGAAACUCUUCCUGAAACAUUCAUUUAGGAAAACUUGGGAACAAAUGACACAUUGAAUAUAG